UGUAAUGAUUUGGGGGUGUAAAUCUUUUCCUGGAAGUUUUGUUGUGAAUUAAUUGACGUAAAUUAAAAUUAUUGCAUUCAACAUGUUAAAAGGCAGCACAUUGAAAGUUUUAGAUGUCAGACUGCUGCAACGCCUAACUGAAUUAAGUUGCCAGCAGAUCACGGCCCGCAAAUACACCAAUGGCAUACAACGAUCCUAUAUAACAUUCAGUGACUUUCGCAACAAGAAUCGCUCCUAUACCAAAAAGGAGCUUGUAGGGUACUCCAUGCAGGACAUGUAUAAUGUGGUAUCCGAUGUGAGCAACUAUCACAAGUUUGUGCCAUAUGUAAACAAAUCCAAUGUGCACAGCAAGGACACCCUAGGCUUUAAGGCAGAUUUAAUUGUGGGCUUCCCACCGCUCAAUGAAGCGUAUACAUCGCGUGUGACGCUGGAGGCGCCAAGUCUGGUCAAGUCGGAGUGUCACGAUGGACGUCUAUUCAACUACCUCCUUAAUGAGUGGCGCUUUAGUCCAGGACUCAAGGAUAUACCAAACUCUUGUGUGCUGGACUUUCGAGUCGCCUUCGAGUUCAAAUCGUUGCUGCAUAGCAACAUAGCAAAUUUAUUCUUUGAUCUGAUAUGCGAUCAAAUGGAAAGCGCUUUCAUUUUGGAAGUACGUCGACGCAGUGGCCCGCCUUCAAUACGCUCACAUGUAUUAACUUCGCAACGCUCUUGACCAAAAUCCCAUGGAUAUA